AUGGUGUUCAAGUGGAACGAUCAAAAUACAUUACUUUUUUUGGAGAACUUUAAAAAUUAUCAAUGCCUUUGGAACCACAAAAUUGAUGAAUACAAAGACCGAACAAUGCGGGCAAACUCUAUAAAAUCUCUAAUCAGUGAUUUAAACUUAGAGAUUACUGAAGAAGAUAUUAAACAUAAAAUAAAAACGAUAAGGACCCGGUAUACAACAGAAUUAACUAAAAUAAAGCAGUCUACUAAAAGCGGUUGCUCUUCUGACGAUGUCUAUGUACCGACCCUGUACUGGUUUAAACAUGCAGAAUUUUUAAGCAGUGUAUGCGUCCCACGGCAGAGUACAUCAAGUCUCGAUGCACCACAGACUCAAAAUGAAGACUCUGCUGAAUCUGAGCAGACUCAAUCUGGCAGUGAGGAACAGAAGACGCCAAAUUCUGAGAUUAGUAGGAAUGGAAGUAGUGAACUGAUGACUCCUUCAUAUUUUCGAAAGCCAACAAACAAGAAAAGGAAGAUUGAUAUACCGAUUGAUAGAGCAAUUAAAUAA